GCGCAAUUCCAAGACCUCUCUCUCUCUCUUUCUAUUAUAAAUUGUCCUAAAACCUCUCUCUCUUCUGCCGCUCUCACUUUUUUUUUUAUUUUCUCUCUCGCAGUCGCAGCCCUACUCCUUGAUCAACAAUGGAAUUUUGGGGAGCUGAAGUAAAGGCUGGGAUGCCUCUUAAAGUGAGGCCUCAAGUAGACCAUCUUAUCCACUUGUCUCAGGCAACAAUUGAUGGAGCCAAAAAGGGAGAAUCAGGUCUCUUGUACGUGAAUAUUGAUUGGAAUAAAUAUGUCAUUGGAACACUCUCUCAAGACCACAUUCCUCAGAUUAGCUUUGACCUCGUCUUCGAGCAGGAGUUUGAGCUCUCUCACUCUCUGUCUCAAGGAAGUGUCCACUUUGUUGGCUACAAAUCUCCCAACAUCGAUCAAGAGGACUACCCUUCUGAUUCUGAAGAGGGGGAGGUGCUGGCAGUUCCUGCUACUUCUAAUGUAGUCAAGGCUGACUCGAAACCAAAGGCCAAGCCUGCUGAAGUGAAGCCUGAGUCAGACGAGGAUGAGGAUGAUGAGUCUGAGGAGGAGGAGGAUGAUUCUGAAGAUGAUGGACCCGACCCUGAGAAAGUGAUGGAGGUUGACGAGGAUGAAGAAGAGGACUCUGAAGAAGAGGAGGCCCCUAAGCAGCCUGCGCCAAGCAACAAGAGGACGGCGACUGCAUCUGUUUCCAAAACACCUGUCCCUGCAAAGAAGACGAAAACAGCAGUAGCAGCCACUCCUCAGAAGACAGAAGAGAAGAAGAAGAAGGGCGGGCACGCAGCUACACCACACCCAGCUAAAAAGGGUGGAAAGAAUGCUAACCAGAAUCCAAAAUCUGGAGGUCAAUCAUCCGGUGGUAACAACAAGCAAGGGAACAAGGGCAAGGGAAAAGUAAAGGGCAGAGCCUAAGUUGAAGUAGCUAACUAUGGAUAAUUUUUGUUUUUAAUUUAUAUCGUAAAGAUUUUAUCUAUUAUCGGAAAAGUUAUUUUAAGUAGUUUGCAACUUUAUUGAACUCAGUACGAAUAUUGCUGAAAUGAUAAAGGACUUGGUACCCUUACUACUAGUAAGGGUGUUGAAAAAUACAAA